GUAACGUGAAACACGUGAAACAUGGCGUCUACGUUGGAAAACUUGGAGACCCAAUUGGAGCUUUUUAUUGAAAAUGUUAGACAAAUACGUAUUAUUGUGAGUGAUUUCCAACCUCAAGGACAAAAUGUACUGAACCAAAAGAUUCAAGGUUUAGUAAAUGGCUUACAAGAAAUUGAUAAACUUAAGUCUCAAGUACAAGAAGUUCAUGUACCCUUGGAGGUGUUUGAUUACAUCGACCAAGGAAGAAAUCCACAAUUGUAUACUAAGGAUUGCAUAGAAAAGGCACUAACUAAAAAUGAACAAGUAAAAGGGAAGAUCGAUGCCUAUAGAAAAUUUAAAGCGAACAUGCUUGUAGAGCUAACCCGAGUAUUUCCAACUGAAUUAGCCAAGUAUAGAGCAAUAAGAGGAGAUGAAUGAAUCAAAAUAAUGAAAUGCAUACGCCAAAUACCAUACUGCUUUCUAUCAACUCUUUUGUUUAAUACUAUACAUUUUGUACAAUAAAUAUUUAUUAUUAAAGAAAGAUUAUGUAAAAGUA